AUGGUGUUCAUUCGUGAGUGCGAUAAUACGGGUAAGUUAGUGGCUCCUGCGAAUGCAUUAGAGCGAUGCCAACUGUGGGAUGAGGAUUUUAUUUACAUUUCUAGCACCGAUAAUGAAGAUGAUGUUGUCUUGGAACCGUGCUUCCCAGGUGAUAAAGUUUUCACAUACCGUCCGCCUGGGUCCACUGACAAAAAUUUCUAUUUUUAUGAGGACGUGAUGCAGACCCUUUGGGUCGGGGUGCCUUUUAUGGACUUUGAGGCAGAUGUGUUGACCUACCUAAAUGUUGCUCCUUUUCAGCUCCAACCCAACAAUUGGGGCUUUGUUCGCUCAUUCGAGCUAUUGUAUGGACACGUUUAUGAGGGUGCGGGUGGCGAGAAUUUCCCUGCGGUUUUGUAUAAUGAAGAUGGAUCAUGUCGUUUCCCUAUCUGUUGGACCCAAGAGCCUGUUCCCAUUAGAGGCUAUGAUCCCAGUAAGUUAAGUGAUACUGAGAAAGAUGUGGUGGAAAUUGUUGAUGUUUUCCAGGUCAUGAUGCUUCGUGAUCUCUUAAACUAUGUGGAUGACGCUGUGAGCCUUCAGAGAAUAGCAACCCUGAUUCUCAAAGAGAGAACGUCGUUGUCGGCGAAGGCGAAAGCUCUCUGUGGAAAGGGUGAUGGUGUCGCCAAGAGUGAUCCCUCUAGGAUCAUUUUUCGGUCUUAG